CAUUCUGGGGCUGGGAAAAGUAGUAUUUGGCUGAGUUUAACAUCUGAUGCUUUCGAGGAUCUCUCUCCCACACAAUCGGCAGCUCAAUGAUCUAUCUUCUUCGUGUUUGAUCUGGAUAUGCUCGUGUUUUUUAAUUAUAUGAUUCCGCUAAGUUUGUGCAUAAUAUAUUCAGUUUAGUUAAUGUGGUGGAAAUAGGAAAUUUCAAUGUGGAGAUUUUGAUAUUUUGUGUAGGGUCUUGAUUAAAAGGAUUGAGGAACUGUUGUGGUUAUUGACAUAGCUAAUGGGUUCAUUUCUUUUUCGAUACCGCAUGGCUGCACGCUUCGCCACCUCCGCUGCCAAGCGCUGCCUUCCGAUGCUUCCUUCUCUCUAUGGCCAACGUGUUCGAUCUAGCAAUUGCUUCUGGGGCCCCAGAAUCGGAACCCUAAUUCAACAGACCAGCAGAGAGUGGGAAAGUAGGAAGGUGGGUCCGACGAGAAUCUACGGUGCUGCGCCUACUUGGAAAAAGCUUGUGCCGCUAGGUAAUGAGGCAAUUGUUCCCUGCAUAUCCGAGACAAACAUAUGUCUUCCAAUGGACUCUCGGAUCACUUGUUUCCCAACUCUAAGCCUGUGCCUUACAUUUAUAUCCUCCACGCUGAUGAACAUGAAUAUAUGUAUUUUAGUGCACAUUCAGUUGAAGAGGAUGGGACCAUCUCUUCCUCACCAAAAUAUUACGUUUAUCCUCCAUCUCCUUUGAAGGAAACUUGUUACUUCACUGCCGUAAGUUGUAAUGGUCUAUUACAUUUUGAAAAUCUGCAGCAUGAUGAUUUUCUUUGGAACCCAACAACCAAUGAGUUUAAGGCCCUCCCUGACUCCUCCUUUGAUCACCAACACCCUCAUGGUGUUGUUGUUACCAAUAUUAAGCUUGGUUGUGUAAUGUGGUCUGACAAUAGAUGUGCAGAUAAUUUCAAAAUGCUGCAACUUGUUUUGGCUAAUACGGCAGAUGGUGAAGAUGAGAGUAGCAUUGAUCUGAGUUACCACAUUCACUUGUAUUCACUCAAAACUAAUUCCUGGAAGAAAAUACCAUGCUCGGAGUUUUUUUAUCUUCAGGGACCUGGUAUUACCAUUAAUGAGGUUUAUUAUGUUCCAGGAUAUUUAAUCGAAAAUGAAGAGAUUGGAGUUCUCCUUUCAUUUGACUUCUCUACUGAAACUCUUUCUAGUAUACCUGGGCCACCUAUCCAAAAUGGGUGGAGUUGUGUGAUUUUUUUAGAGUAUAAAGGCUUUUUUGGUUAUGUUCCAUGCUGGAAGGAUGAAAAUGAGAUACCGGUGAGAUUUGAACUUUGGGUUAUGAAGAAUGGAUCGUGGACAAUGGAAUCUGUUUUCCAUACAUGUGGUGUUUCAAGGCCGUUAUGGUUUUCGAGAAAUGGUGAGCUAUUGUAUUUUUCAAGCUUGAAUGAGGAAGUACUCGUGUUUGAUCGUGUCACUGGAAAGUUGAAUCAUCCCGGUAUCAAUUUUGGUUGGCCUGGAACAUGGCUAACUCCAUUUGUUGAGAACUUUGUUCAACUGAAUGGAAUUUCACAUGCUGAGGCUGAGGAUUUGGAGAAAGAAGAAGGAGGAGAAGAAGAAUACAUAAUUGAAGCACCUGAGGGACCAUUGAUGCAAGCGUAGUUUGAUAAUUCUAGCUUGUUAUCUUCCCUAUUUAUUAGAUAUAUAUUAGCGUAUUUUGAGAUAUAAUUAGGUUGUUAGCUUGGUAUCUUCCCUAUUUCUAGCGAAGUUGCAUACUGCACUAUGAAACUACUACUCACUGAUCUGAAAUUCUGGUUUUGUGGUUUACUGUCAUGUUAUGUGAUCAUCUCUUCAGUCUAUCUUGGGAAAUUGCUUCAUUGUAAUAACCCUUCAAGAUAAAUUUAUUGUUCCUUCUCUCGCUAAAA